UGAGUGAGGACGGCUGAGCUCCACGGGCUGCUGUAAUGUGACAGCUCAGGCGUCGCGCUUGCUGUCAGAGAAUGCCGCGGCAAGCGAAGGCUUCCCAUUCGUUACGUUCGAGCGAAAAAACAACUGUCUCACUAAGGGGUUUCAUUCUUAAUAUUGAAACAUAACUGCAGUUCAUGCUAAAGAUCCUCCAAAAAUGCCAGCGGGAGUGAAUGCGCAAGCUGCUGGGAUCCCCAUGUCCGAUGCUAUGGGCUCUUUCAAGAGGAGGAAGAGAAAGUCCAUCACCAUGACAGCAAUGUUGUUUGUAGUGUCUAUACUUAUUCUAGUCUUUGGUUUGGCUGCCACCACAAGGACACAGAACAUCACAGUCGGAGGCUACUAUCCUGGAGUCAUUCUUGGUUUCGGCUCCUUUCUCGGAAUCAUUGGCGCUCAUUUAAUAGAGAAUAAGAGGCAAAUGCUGGUAGCUUCCAUCGUCUUCAUCAGCUUUGGUGUGGUGGCUUCGUUCUGUUGUGCUAUAGUAGAUGGCAUUUUUGCUGCAAGACACAUAGACCUCCGACCUGUUUAUGCUGGUCGAUGUGAAUACUACUCCAGUGUGACAGCCUUUGAUUUGGAUGUUCACUGCCAAACAGCCUCACGUGUGUCAUGUAACCUGCGUGUGAAAAGUAAGACAUGCUACUGCUGUGACCUCUACAACUGUGGAAAAGAACAUCCUCUUUUGGGACUUCAGAGUAAAGAUGUUUUGAAAAAAAUUAGGAAAUCGUCCAUGGUUUGGAACCAUGUCGACCCCAGAGGAGGCUACCAUGAGUACACUGAAGUACAGAGUUGCCAAGACGUUGUGUACCUUUACCACCUGUUGUGGACUGCGACCAUUCUGAACAUCAUUGCCAUCUUCCUGGGCAUCAUCACAGCAGCAGUGCUUGGAACCUUCAAGGACAUGAUGCCAACUACUGCCCCUGAUACAUGUGAACCAGAUUCUUUGACCACCCCAGCAGCCCCCGAGACUCGUGCCCCAACCACCCCCAACUCCUUCUACAAUACUGCCCCCUGCCUGCCACCUUAUACUGCCUACGACCUCCAGGUCACCAACAUGUUCCCUGACUCUUCUGGCCUAUCUGAUGACUCGCAGUCUGGAGCUAGUCACAUGUGGCCCACGAUGAUCCCACCACGCUAUUCUCCUCCUUAUUACCCACCUGAUGAUAAACCCCCACCAUACAGUCCAUAAGGGACACUGCAGAGAAUCAUGGUACCACUGACAUUAUGCCAUAGGUGUUAAUGGGUGAAGUGUAUACAUACUUUGAAAAAACAGUUUCUGCUGCUGUGGGAGUCACUGCACAGGUUGUCCUGCCAUGAUGUGACAGUUGCUGAAUGGAAGCAGGUCACAACUGCAGUAAAAAUCCAGGAUGUCCAUCUCUACAGAGCAGUUCUACAGUUCUACAUAGUGAGAUCUCUGCAGUUGUCUAGUUUAGGUAACCUAGGCAGCCUCACCUCAUGCUAUAACUACCAUCAAGACUGUUCACAGAUAUGCCUUAAAAGUGUAAUUAUGCUCCUGUCAUGAGUCUUGUCUGUGAGCUGAUGGGACACAGUGACUGACAACCAAUGCGUCUCCCUCACUGUAUUAAGUGAACGUUUCCAAAGUGGAACAGUGUGUGCUGUUCAGUUUUGUGUCACCUCAGCCAAAGAGGAACAAGGAGUCUUGUGUGUAUUUGUCUUGUUCAUUUGCACUUUAUUGUACCUGAAUAUAACUAAAAGGUCAAGCUACUUAAUCUUUCCGUGUCAAUUUGGGCAGCUAGUAAUAAGCUUGUGGAGCCCUAAGCAUACUUCAAAUAUUCUGUCAAAGCAGGAUGCAACACAUAAAACAUGGUCAAUUUAUUUACCGCCUCACAAAGCUACAGAUAACAUUAAUUUUAAAUUGAUUUGAUGAUAUACAGUUAUCAAAUCAUAUAUUAUGUUCAAUUACCUGUAGUGUAAAUAUCUUUUACCUGCUUUGUGAAUAAUCCUAAUACAGUGACAACACAGAGGGUAAAAAAAUGUAACUAGAACAUGCAGAUAGAUCCUGAUGUCUCAGGUUUGUAAAUAUGAUUUUUCAUUACUCGUAGAAAGGAGAUGACACCAAAUAUUUCAUAAUGUUAUGUAGGAACAUGAGAUACACUUUCCAUGGGAAAACCAACUAGUUAAAAAAAGUUGUUACUGCAGUAAGAAAAUAUAAACACCAAAUAAUCUGUAUACUUAAGCUGUUUAUGUAUGACCUAGAAUUACAUGUUUGAGGUACAGGAACAGAUCAUACUGCCUAUUCUUAGUAUACAUUUACUCAUAUCUUAAAAGGUUUCUAUUCACUGUGGUUAGUGAUGAGUCUGUAGCUUUAUAUGUACUUUUUAUUUAUUUUUUUAUUUUAAGCAAAUGUACAAAUCUGUAAAUGGCAGAAAAAAAUGAACAGGAAUCACAUGCAGUUCACAUACAGUUCUGUGUCUGUUUAAAAUAUAUUUUGUGUGUGUAAAUCCUAUGGUUGUACUGCAGACUUGGAUUUGGUGGUUUAAAACAAAAACAGAGAAUGUGGACCACGACCUUCUGUAUACUCAGUCAUCAGAUUAGCUAUAUUAG